AUGUUGAAUGCAAAGACCGAAUUACUUCGUGGCCAAGACCUACCGCUCACUGCGAGAGGUGGUGAUAUCGAUGUUGCAACAAAGCCCGAGGUAGCAGGGCCUAUACAAGGACCGUUUGCAUGGCCCCCAAGGUUCUUUGAGCGGCAAACAAUAUCUAAAUCCUGGGAAAACAAACCGUGGGCGCAAUGUCAAGGGGCUGAUGCGUUCAAUUCCCCGGAAGAUGAGAUCAGCUUCUUUCUCAGGAUAGACGAUGACUCAGCAAGAUAUCAAGGCCGCGUUCGUCCAAUACUGGACAUCUGUUCAGGUGCAAGUCUGGGGGACUUGCUCGAUGGCGAUGCUCCCGGCCCGCUACAGAAAAUGGCAUGGUUGAUUGAUGGCAACAACUCCAAGGGGUUCUGGAGGUCUCGGCCCUGUUUGGGUGCGUUGUCGGCGCGGCAACUUGCAGCCGAACUAAUCAAAGAUGUGAGCUGUCUCAAGUUCAUGUUGGACACGUGUAACGGUUACCUCACCGAUCUUAAUCGUUGGGGAAUUCUGGCGCUUGUUCGAACGGCGCCCGAAUCUCAAGCUCGUGUCCUCGGCGAAUUCUUCCAAAAGCAUUUAUGUGCACGAUCCUCCAUCGGGGUGUCAUUCGCGUCCGAGGGACCUGAAAUGUUCACCCUUGAGUUCCACCUGCCUUUUCGAGUGUGGCGAAUCACUGAUUCUCUAAUGCACGAUGAUCGCGUCAAAAGUUCUGAUCAAGAACCGCUUCGGUCCUCACGGAAUCUUACUUUCCUGGUGCCCACGUCCCAUAGGUCGACAAAUGGAAAAGUCCAUGGCGUGUAUUCAGGACACAUAGGAUGUAUGAUCAUGGGAUAUGACCAGAGCAGGUGGACAGCUCACUUCGCUAUCGACACUUGGUUCGAUGAAUGCGAGGAUGCGCAGGAUAAAGUCAUGCGCUACCAGUAUCAUGUUGAAGAGGGUAUGGAAGUCGAUCCACUCAGCUGCGGCAAGGAUGAUGCGAACAUGCCCAUCUGGCAUCCAAGAGCUUACUUUCUCAGAAUCAUGGGUAUCAGGCUCGAACAAGUCAGAGAUGAAUGGGAAUUAAUCCGCCAGAAUCUACAUAACGGCAUUGUCAGUUUCAUCUCGAAACAGAAGGAAAUACUCUCUAGGAUACGCCCAUUUUCGACCGGGGCUGAUCCUGAAGAGUAUGGACAAGAAUUCGAGGCGUUCGAAUCAUCACUCGGUGAACUAAAGCCAAUUGUACAGGAACUUUCACAUGACUUGCAGGAGACUCUGGAGAUCGGCGAAUCAUUUCUGUCAAGAGAGGUUAACUUCUUCUUGAAUUAUGACGGAUAUCCCGGAGAUGCUUCAAAUUGUUAUCCAUUUCUCUCCGAAAUACGGCGAAAGUUUAAUGAACUGAGACAGCUGUGCAUCUUUUUCAAAAGCUUAGAAGCAAGGUGUGUUGACAUGAUGGAUAACAGUGAAGCCGCUAGGAGAAAAGUGCGUAUAACCUUUUGGCAUUGUAUUCAAUUGAGUCUCUGGAAAAUGCUUACAUUUCUCUCCUCGUUGAACGCAGACGACGUCAUCCCUUUCAAGAAAGAUUGGAGAUCUUUUCUUUUGUCUAACAUAUGCGCAUCAGUCUUAGUGUUUUUGAUCAACAAGGCUUUGAAACUUUGGAUACAAUACACGUCCAAACGACCACAAGUAGAAGAGAGGAGGAUUACAGUCAUCACCCGAUCGCUUCUUCCAUUGCACAACAACCCCAGCUUGGCGACAGAGAUGAGAGAAACUCGCACUCUCCCAAACAAUCAACAAGUCGCCCAACCAAUUUUGCGAGCACAGACUGAUGGAAGCUCAAUGACAGAGUCCACGGGAGUUUCUCGAACUAUUUGUGGAGCCCCCGCCGGAGACCUCCUCGAUCAGAAGACCUCGAGAUGGGGCAAAUAG